AAUGCACGUGCAUUAUUAUUAUUAUCCAUACCGUUCAGUCGUGCAAGUGAAAAGCAAUAAUGACGAUAUAUGAUGGACUGAUCGGGAGGGAGCCAUCACCUAACGCACGGGGUUAUGAAAAAAUUCCCUAUCCGCCGAUCCGCCGCCGCCGAUGCGCUGUAGGAGGUCGCCCGAUCCGCCGCCGCCGAUGCGCUGGGCGGCGACUUUCUCCUCGGCCUUCCUCGACGGCAGGACGGACUGGCGGCCCGGCUCGCUCUUCCUAGAUCGGCCUGCUUUCUGCUUUCUGCGGAAUGGCGACGACAAGAUCGAGGAAGGUCGACAUCUUCGGACAGGGGAGAGGAUUCAGAGCGGGACUGAGAUGGUGUUACUGGAUUGUGUCGUACGCGUCGGUGGUCGUGUCUUCCCAGAGCGACGGCGGCUUACCUUGGCUCCGGGUGAUCUCUCCCGUGCAGUGGGGUCUCCGAGCUCCGGAUCAAGAUUCAGGAUCCUAGCUAACGAGCAAACUGACGAAGACGAAGCAGGUCAGUUUGAGGAGACAUCGGUGCCGGUUCAAUCGGUCAAUGCCGUACUCUCCUGUGAAGAUCACGAUGGGUCAGGGGAUACCUGGUCGACGGUUGCUCGCCGGAAGAAAUCAAAGGCGGAAAUUGUCCAGGAAUUCUGGGAGGACGUGGGAUUUCCCGCCAAGGAAUCACGCGUCUGGGAACGUCGGGAUUCCGAGUCACCAUCAUCGUCUUCAGGUCAGAUUCAUUCUGGUUCGUUUUUGGCUGAUCAGUUCUCGGAUGAUUACAGGUCUCAGCAGCGGGGUGUCGACGCCAAACCUGCGGCGACUGCGAAGUCCGCCCGUCGAGGUGUGCCCAUCCGCCCUUGGAAAGGGCCUCUCCCGCGGCCGAGAUCGCUGCAGCCAGUUGCGCUGGCGGUGUUCUGGCCGGAGCCGCCGGUGGCAACGAACGCGGCGUCAGCAGACAGAACCGCUGCAGCAUCAGUGGACGAAACUGCUGCAGCGGCAUGCUCCAAUCAAGCGCUAAAUAUGGAUCGGCCAAUUGAUCAAGCGAAGUCAGCGGGAUGCAUCAAUCACGUGGACGCUGGAACUGGAUCCAUUGCUCUCGCGGAGGCUGGUGGGCCACAAGUGCGUGCGACUCCACGUUUGGGCCUUACUCUCAGAAGGACCGAUCUGCUUCAAGGCUCACGUCGCCCUAGCACGCGAUCCCCAUCGCUCAGCCGCACCUCCUCCUUGGCCGCACCGCUUCGCUCCUACGCCGCCGUCCUGCGACAACCCUCGCCGGCGAUAAUGGCUAGCUGAAACAUCGAUGGUACCAAGGGACCCACGCCGGCCGGGACAGGAACGACGAACCCGAUGAUCUCAGCCGGAUUUGGGGCUGCCGCCGGUCCGCUGCGCUUUGGCGUUCCACCGGCAUACAUCGCACCAUCUGUCCCACGGGCUGCAGCACCGCCACCAGCGCCUGCCGCCUUCAGGGCUACUAGUCAACCAGCGUCCACAACUCCUGCUCGCUGCAACAAAUACAAGCGCAAGGGGGGACGCCGCGAUGCCGCUACCGCCGGUGCUUCCGGUGUCGUCCCUCCGGCUGCGCGACCUCCGCCACUGUUCCCGCCACCACCGGUUAUCAACACCGCCCCUGCAACGCUGACUCCUGAGGCUACCAACAUUGCACCGGUAGCUGCGGCCUCGACGGAUGCCGCUGGACAGGGCCCUAAAGGGAAGAAAACUGGCAUGUGGUGCUUCAAAUGUCGUUCAGAUGAUCAUCUCUCUAAGAAUUGCACGGUGAUACACUAUUGUCAUAUUUGCAACAAUUACAAGCACCCUAUGCACCGUUGUCCUGUGCUAAAGCAACGAAGGCCCAUGGCGUCGCUCGGUGGAUGUGGUCUUGUAAACGCUAUGUUUGUGCAGCUUCCUGACUCGCUUUUCAAGGAACAUCUCGCACCGCCAACACUGCCGACUGCUCUUGUCACGAUAUCUGGUGGUUCUUUGUGCACUGCUGAGGUGGAGGUAGAGGUUGCUAAGAUCGCCGCGGUCCAGUCAUCAUGGAAGUGGGAAGCCGUGCCGCAUGGAGACAAUGCUUUUCUAGUUUGUUUCCCGUCCCUCGAGAUUUUGAAACGUGUGGCAGCUUUUGAGUACAAUGUUAAAUCACACGACGUGAAGAUUGCAUUCAGUGAAUGGAUAGCUGAGGAGGUCACGUCCGUUCUUCCUUUGCAGCCAGUAUGGGUUCAUGUCACCGGCGUUCCACCACCUCUCCGCCAUUUCCUCGGUUUGUGGGCGGUUGGAUCAAUUAUAGGGGCCACACAAGAUGUUGAUUUGGUUUCUUUGCGCCGGCAUGGUAUUGUGCGAAUUCAGGUGGCUGUACAUUCUUUGAAUAUUUUCUUCAAAGAGGUUGGAUCUGUUGAUGCUUCGGUCUCCUCGGAUGUCUAUGUUAAACUUAAUGGAUAUCCGCUUCGGUUUGUUCUGGAGGAGGACUAUGUCCCGGAUCUUGACUUUAUCCCACGAAUUUGGGAACAUCAUGAUGAGGGCCAUGAGGACGGCGCUAAUCAGGAUGAGGAUAUGCCUGACAGAGAUGCUAGCAAAAGGUCUAAAAAUGUCCAAGUUGUCGGUGACAAUACGACGUCGGAUGCUCAAACUAGUUCAGCGGCUCCUAUAAAGUCUGUACAGAGAUCAGUUUAUGCAGUGGAACCGGGCUGUUCGGCCGGCCGGCCGGACGUGAUUGUGGCUCCAACGGGACUGCCCAUAGCUGUUGCUACUCACGUGAAUGAAGUGGACAAUGAGCGGUCCACGGCUGCAUGUGCCAUACAGGCCGUGGCUGUGGAUCAGGGCCGGCCUAUGGCUCUUGGCUGCAUGCGCCAUGCACCGCUCACCGAGAGUGGUCCAGUCACCCACACGAGCCCGGCGCUCAAGAAGCUAGAUGUUGCUGCCCCGACGCUGCAUGCAGCUGCAACGCAUGCUUCUGCCAUGGCUUCAACGCGAAUAGAGCCGGUCGUGGGUCCCGUUGCGCCUCCAGCCACAUCACCGGUUGGCGGGACGAAAUCCUUGACGACGCCACCAGCCACAUCACCGGCUCGGGCGGCUGUCGCCGCGGUUUCACUGGGCUCAGCACCUCAUUCAUCACCGACCGCUGGGACUGUACAAACACCUCCGCCAUCGUUAAAGUCUACGCCAAGCGCUACUCUGUCGCCGAUGGGUACUAUGUCUGGUGGCAUGACCACGCCCCUUCGACGUAGUAACCAUCACUCCCUUGCUGCUGAUGGUUCCUUUGUAACUGAUGAGCACUCCCUUGCGAAGGCAAUGCGUCGCCAGGCCUUGAGAAAUUUGGAACCCACGCCAGGUUAUUUUCCGGUGUACGCACUCGCUACGUACGUGGUCUAUACUACAACGGCCGGAGUACCAACCGCUGUUCAUGGCGGUGUGUACGCGAUUGGAGCAGGUGGCUACGGAGGUUUUUUUUCCCAACAUGGGUGGCAGCAUAACCUACGGAUCGAGCCACCACCUUCUUCGACAUAGGCAUAGUUUCGGUCUAAAAGACUCUACUGUUGCCGGUGUGUCGAUUUUUAUUUCAUGAAUUUUGUCAGAAUUCUGGAUUUGGCUGUGUGCAUCUUAGUUAUGCAGAGGCCAGGUGUUACUCAUAAUGCUUGUAUCCGCUUGAUGCUACAUUUUGAGAUAAUA